AUGAAAGUAAUAUAAUAUAACAAUGGAUUGUAUUAUGGUUAACUUGAUUAUUUUUAUAAAAAGAUUGGAUUAGGUGUUUAUGUUUAUGAUGAUUCUUGCCUUUAUUAUGGAUAAUGGAAAAAUGAUUUAUACAAUGGAGAAGGAAUGAUGAUAUUUCCAUUUGGUGGAAUUUUAAAGGCAACAUUUAAGAACCAUUCAAUAGAAGGAAUAGGAAUAUUAAUAACAAAUAAUGAAGUUAUGAUAGGAGAAUAUCAAAAUUCAAUAUUAAUAAAUAAAGCAUUGCUAUUUAAUGGUAAAUAAUGGAAAUUGAGAUCAUUUUUGAAAAAUGGCUAAUAUGAGGAUAAGGAUUGUUAACCUAGCAAAGAAUAAAAACUAUUCUCAGAAUUCAUAAAACAAUAUCCUUAGCUCUAUAAAAGUAAACUUUUGUUGUCUUUGGUAGGAUUUAUAAUAAAUGAAAAUUAAAUGUAUAUAGGUGAGUUUAAGAAUAAUAAACUUGAUGGUUUAGGUAGAAUAUUGGACUUUGAUAAAAGAGUGUUAGAAGAUGGUUAUUAUAAGAAUGGAUUACUGUAAAAGGGGUUUAGAUAUUAUGUUGAAAACAAUUCAUUUGAAUAGGUUUAACUUGUUUAUGAACAAGGAUAAUUUGACUAUAAGAUUACAAUGUCAGGAACAGAUUUUCCUGGGGAAUUAAUUUAAAAAUAAAGGGCUUUAAUACAUCUAACAUCUAAACAAUAUAUAAGUAAAUCAUAAGAAAUACAUUACUUUCACAAUAGAUUUUAUAAAUGUAAUAGCUAAAUAAAAUAAUUAUUAAAAAUUACAUUAAAUCAAUUUAUUUUUGAUGAAGAUGUAUCAAAUGAAGGAGAAACAAACAAGCCAAUAGAAAAUGUUAGGAAAGCAUCCUUCCAUAAUGAGAAGAAUAAAUAAUUGGAUGAAUAAACCAUAACUCGAACUUCCUCAUUUCAUGAAAAAAGCAGAUAAUAUGAAUUAGAUAUGUGUAAAAUUGAAUUUGAAAAUGCCUUAAAGCCUUUACCUAUAAAUGUUAAAUAGCAACAAAGAAAAAGGAUUUUUGAUAAGUAUAAUUUUUGA